AUGUUAAUCAAAGUGAAUACUCUCUCCAUGGAAACGUUUCUCUUGGGUGACAUAAACGCGAAUUACAACGUUAAAUCUUCUCAUAAAGAACUAAAAGAGAUAAUUACGUCUCAGGGAUUUUAUCAAAUAGUUGAAAAAGCCACACGAAUUACAGCUGAAACCAAAACGCUAAUCGAUGUUAUAUUGACCAACAAAAGAUCAAAUGUAAAAGUUACGGACGUCAUCCCAUUAAGUUUGAGCGAUCACGAUUGUGUUUUAUGUGUCAGAAAAAUUAAUCAUAAUAAAAUUCCACAUCGCACUAUCAAAUGCAGAAAUUAUGCGAAAGACAACCACGAAGAUUUUCAGGAAGACCUACGAUCACGUGACUGGUCCCGUUUGUAUAUGAUCACAAAUGUUAAUGCGGCUUGGCUUUACUUUAAACAGAUUCUUUUUCCGAUGUUAGAUAAACACGCUCCAAUCAUUGAAAAACGGGUGAAAGGUAAACGUUGCCCUUGGUUACCAAAUGACAUCAAGAAAGACAUGAACACUCGAGACCAGCUUCUCCGUAAAGCGAGAAAAUCCAACAAGGGAUCUGACUGGUCUGCAUAUAAAACAUUAAAAAAUCGUUGUAACAACAGAAUAAAAUAUGCUAGACAGAAGUAUCAUAGUGAUUUACUUUCUGAGAAUUGUAGAAGUCCUGCAAAAUUCUGGAAGUGUUUAAAAGAAAUCCUACCUCCGAAAAAUUCGAAAAAAUCACAACAAACUACGUCAAACGAUAGUUCCAGAAACACUGCAAGGGCAAAAAGUUUUUGUUAUUACUAUUCUACUGUUGCAGAAAAACUCAAACAAGCUGCAUUUCCAUUGCAAAAUUUCAUCUGGAAGAAACCUAAGCAGUACGACCGCAGAACUGACAAGACCUUUAAGUUUGAAUACGUUAGCAAACUGUUUGUAGAAAGAGAAUUACAAUCGUUGAAACGUAAAAAAGCUGCUGGAUGGGAUAAUCUGCCACCGGGUAUUUUGAAAGAUGCAGCGACAGUUCUGUCAGGCCCCCUUGCGCAUAUCAUUAAUCUAUCGCUACAAACUGCUACGGUCCCAACAGAAUGGAAAAUUGCCAAAGUAACUCCAAUUUACAAAGGAGGCGACACAAAAGAUUGUGGUAAUUUCCGCCCAAUAUCUGUAUUACCUGUUCUGUCCAAAAUACUGGAAAAAGCUGUACACAAACAACUUAUCGAUUAUCUGAGGUCGGUGCUUGCAUUGUAA